AUGCCCCCUCCAAGCAGUUUAGUUUUGUUGAUAGUUUUCGAGGUGAUAAACUUACAGAUUUCUGAAGCGGGGACGUUUGAUGAAUCUCCAACAAUUCACGCUGGACUUUUGUUGGAGACUGGGGGUGCCGAAAGCUUUGACCGCGUCCGCAUCCAGCCAGCCGUUGAUAUCGCCCUGGAGACUGUUAGACGUCGCGUGGACACCGGUGUGUACCUAAACUUCAGCCUCACGUACGAGUACCAAUCCACCGGUACCAGAUGCAUCCCGUCCCCUAUGAUCGCUCCCGGUAUUGCCUCCGACAUGUUUCACCGGCAGGGGGUGAGAGUGUUCCUUGGUCCGGGUUGCAGCUUUCAGUGCAAGACAGUAGCCGACCUGGCUGCUUACUGGAACGUCCCGGUCCUUACUGGUGCAGCGACGUCGGGGGAUCUUGGCAACAAAGACGCGUACAGGACGCUAACACGCAGCGGGUUCCACCUCGGCCCACUGGGGCAGUUUGCUGUGGCUCUGUUCAAUAGGUGGUCUUGGACUCGUUGCGUUGUCAUCUGGGACGACGUUGGUCUGUGGAGAAUCAUCUCGUUUACUAUUAGGAGCAGAUUACAGCAGGCAGUUAUAUUUGUAAUCGCUCCCGUGGACGUGGUCCGGGAUAUCAUGAUCAAGGCGUACCAGGCGGGAUACACCAGCGGGGAGUAUGUCUUUUUCUCUGUGCACUUGAUCAACAACAGGUGGCGCUUCGGAGACUCAUCAUGGCAGCAGGGAGACGCAUUCGACGCCGAAACUAAACUGGCCUUUGAGGCCCUGAUGACUUUCCGUUUAUUCGAACCCAGCAACGAUGACUUAAGAGACUUCCAAGAGGAGUUGGAGCUGCGUCGAAAGCGAGAUUUUAAUUGGACAAGUCCAGCUGGAGACGACUAUAAUUUCUUUACAAGCGCCUUCCAUGACAUCAUCAUCUUGUUUUCUCUCGCCCUAAAUGAGACUUUAAGCGAGAAUGGCAGCUUGUUAGACGGUUACACGUUCUCCAGGAAAAUGUGGAACAGGACGUUCCAAGGGGUCUUUGGCAACGUCUCUAUAAAUGCAAACGGAGACCGCGACACUGACUACUCUCUGUGGGACAUGACUGAUGCAGUGAAAGGAGACUUUAUGGUGGUGGCCAACUUUUACGGUGCGACAGGCGAGCUCAAAUUUGUAGGUGACAUCGCUUGGCCAGGAGAGGUGACGGGUCCGCCGCCCGACACUCCGUUGUGUGGAAAGGUGAAACGGGAUGCAGACAUCCUGAGUAGGGCGUGGCAGAUAAAGUGGGAGGAGCUACAAAUGCAAAACGACAAUGCCAGGGGACCAAGACGCUCUUCCUUGUCUCUGGGUAGUGCCGCUAUUGACACAGACGAAGUGAAGCAGGUAUUUACGAAGACUGCAUUCUACCAGGGUCGCACUGUAGCUGUGAAGAAGCUUUUCAGAAAUGAAGUUGACCUCUGCAGGAACACAAUGAUAGAACUAAAAAAUAUGCGGGAUUUGGAGCAUCCUAACUUGGCGAGGUUCAUUGGAUUGUGUAUAGACGUUCCUAACGUGGCCAUCGUCAACGAGUAUUGUCCCAAGGGGAGCCUUAUGGACAUUCUUCAGAAUGACUCCAUCAAGCUUGACUGGCUGUUUAAGCAUUCUCUCAUUUGUGACGUCAUCAAUGGUAUCCAGUACCUCCACCGCAGUCCACUGUCAGUCCAUGGCAGACUCAACUCGUCCAACUGCGUCGUGGACAGUCGUUUCGUUCUCAAGCUCGUCGACUUUGGCUUGCAGUCCUUUCGAGUUGGAGAUGCACAGGAUCGGGGGAGCCACGCCCAGCAAACAAGUACGAUAGGGAGUUUGUUCCAAGUAUCACUAUUUGUGCGUUUUUUGUAUACAGUGCUCCUGUACAUGAUAUCCCCUGGAGCUCUAUCCGCCCCGGCGAAAGAAAGACAGGUGGUUACAAAUUACCGGUACGCAGAGUUGCUCUGGGUCGCACCAGAGCUACUUCGAGACCCGAGGCGAGGCCCGACGAAAGAGGGCGACAUCUACAGCGUUGGGGUGAUCAUGAGAGAAGUAGCGACUAGGGAGGGACCGUUCGAAGCCGAGUUAAAGAACAUGGAAGUGAGCGAAAUAGUUCAGAAGAUCAAGUCACCACCCAACGGCAUGCAAUGUUUUCGUCAACGGACAAGCACCGAAAACAUGGACGCCAAUGUAUCUGAGUUGAUCAAGAAAUGCUGGGCGGAAGAUCCUAAAGAGAGACCCACUGCAAACUCACUCAACGCAUCCAUGGACAAGAUUAGCAGACAGAAGAACAUAGGCAUGGGUAUCCUUGACAAUUUGCUGAAUCGAAUGGAGCAGUACGCCAACAACCUGGAGGAGUUGGUGGAAGAAAGAACGGCAGCCUUCUUGGAGGAGAAGAAACGAGCUGAGACGCUGCUCUAUGAGCUGUUGCCGAGAACCGUAGCUGACAGGCUGAAACAAGGGGAGGCCGUUGACCCCGAAUCCUAUGCCAGUGUCACCAUUUUUUUCAGCGACAUCAAAGGGUUUACUGAACUCUCGGCACACAGCACACCCAUGCAGGUGGUUAUAUUAUUGAAUGAUCUUUACACGUGCUUCGACGGCAUUAUCGGGCAUUAUGAUGUGUACAAGGUGGAGACUAUUGGAGAUGCUUACAUGGUUGUCUCUGGUGUUCCAGUCCGCAAUGGUAUCGCGCAUGCGCGAGAAAUCAGCAACAUGGCGCUGGCCCUACUUGGGGCAGUGGGCUCGUUCAAAAUACGACACAAACCUGACACGAAGCUGAAGUUACGAGUUGGAAUACACAGCGGUCCAUGCGUAGCUGGCGUGGUGGGGCUGAAGAUGCCUCGUUACUGUCUCUUUGGCGACACAGUGAACACGGCAUCACGAAUGGAAUCAAAUGGAGAAGCCAUGAAGAUACAUGUUAGUGCUGAUACUAAAUCUUUACUGGAAGACUUUGGGUGUUUCCAACUUGAGUUGAGGGGUGCUGUAGAGAUGAAGGGUAAGGGAACACAAACGACAUUUUGGCUCCUGGGAAGCAACGACAUUACACUCCAAGGUGAUGAGGACCUGCCGUUUGUUGACUGAAAAGGGUAAAAUGUCUGCCAUGUG